AUAUAUACGGCACAGCAAUGCCAGUGGGAAAAGACCACAAAAGAAGAAAAGAACAAGAUCAAACAGCAUGGACUUAACAGAAAACAUUACGGUAGACGAACUACGAUCCAUCCAAGCUACUCUAGCAGAGAUUAAAAGUGAAAUGAUAAGAAAAUCUGACGUAAAGGAAAUCAUUGCCCAAAUGAAACAUGAAAUCAAGCAGGAGGUGAAGGAGGAUAUUAAACAAGAAAUGCAACAAUACUUGACUGAUAGACUCAGCCUCCUGAGCGAGAAAAUAGAUGCCCUAUAUCUGGACAACGAAUCCCUGCGUGAGAAACUCUCCAAACAAAUCAGUGACACAAGGAAGUCCCUUGCCAACCUAAAAGAAACCAGCCAUUUGGCGAAAACAGCUGUGAAAAUGGCAAACUACAACCAGCAGUAUUCGCAGAAAAACAACAUUAAGUUUUUAAACUGGCCGGAAAAACCAAAAGAAGACCUGAGGAGAGACCUCUGCCGCAUCCUGAAGGAAAAGGUGAAUGUGGACAUAAGCCCCGCCUCAAUUCUGGGAAUCCACAGAAUACCAGGUAACAGCGGUGGCGCAAGACCCGUCAUAGCCAAAUUCGUUAACACCAAGGAAAAAACGAAAGUUAUCAAGCAUAGACAGGCGCUGAAAGGUAACUUUAUAAUGUUCGAUCACAUUACUCAGAAAAAUGCUGAGUUGAUCAAAAUUCUAAAAGGUAAAGAAGCUGUACAUUCAGCCUGGUACUUCAAUGCCAGAAUAUUUGCCAUAAGAAAUGACGGUCGCCGAUAUACAUUCGACAUAUUCGACGAUAUCGACACCAAAUUAAAACAAUAAGCCUGAAAAUGAAUUUUAUACGGACACUGAAAUUUUGGACAAUAAAAAUCAAUGUAAAACUGAAAGUAGUUAUAAACAGCAGAGCG